UAUAUAUAAGCGGUACACCGCACGCGUAUACAUAAGUGUGACUCACACGAGUGACAAUAACAUAAUAUAAAAUUUUUAUAUUGGUCUGUUCAUAGUAUUAACCCACAGUAUUAACCAGACAUCCGCGUGGCUCACACGUCGAUUUUAGCAACUUUAGAAGGGACUAUUAAAAUGGCAGUAGACGGAAUAGACAAUGAAAUAAAAUCUUCGGCAUUGGAUCUCAUCGGCAAUACACCGAUCGUCGCUCUGGAUCGCAUACAUCCAGGACCAGGUCGCAUUCUAGCGAAAUGUGAGUUUAUGAAUCCAGGCGCCUCCAUCAAGUGCCGGUCCUCGCUGCACAUGAUACGGAAGGCGCGCGAAGACGGUCUGCUGGAACCAGGACAGCCAGUUGUCGAAAGAACCUCCGGCAACCAGGGAUGUGGCCUGGCCGUUGUGUGUUCUGUUUUGGAACAUCCACUUAUAGUAACUAUGUCAAAGGGCAAUAGUGUACAAAGAGCCAUACACAUGGAAGCUCUUGGUGCUAAAUGCGUGAGAGUUCCACAAGUAGAAGGUACAUAUGGUAGCGUUACAAAUGCAGAUGUCCAAGCCCUCGAAGAAGUUUGUACGAAGAUAGUUGAGGACAAUAAAGCAUUUUACGUGAACCAGUUUAGCAAUACGAGAAAUUCUGAGGCUCAUUAUUUGACUACAGGACCUGAAAUUUGGAGGCAAACUGGACAACAUGUUGAUGUAUUUCUCGCCGCAGUCGGAACGGCUGGAACGUUUGCUGGAACUUCAAAAUAUUUAAAAGAGAAAAAUCCCAAAUUGUUGGCGUUUGUAGUGGAGCCUGCUGGUUCCGAACCAAUAAAAGGUGAACCUAUUACAAAACCUAUGCAUUUGUUACAAGGCUCUGGGUAUGGAGUUGUCCCAGAUUUAUUUGAUUACGAUCAUAUGGAUGGCACUGUAAGUAUUACGGACGAGGAAGCAGUUAAGUAUAUGAAUCUGCUUGGCACGAAGGAAGGCCUCUACCUUGGGUACACGAGCGGUGCUAAUGUGGCUGCCGCAAUGAAACUCCUGGAGUCUGGUAAGGUUCCUAAGGAUGCUUGGAUAGUAACGACGUUAAAUGACAGUGGUCUAAAAUAUACUCCAGUGCCUGAGGAAUUGACUAAGUGACAGUUUGUUUACUCAGACAACGGUCAUAUAAAAAUGUUUUUUGUUAUAAAUUCUAGAUGUCUUUGAAGUGUUUUUAAAGUAAUAAAUCGUAUUAAUACGUAACUACAUUUAAAAUUAUUGGUACUAAUUUGAAAUAAAUUUGUUAAUACAA